AUGGGAAAAGACAAAAUCCCAGACGCCUGGGACGACGAUGACUGGGAACAGCAGGCCGACCGCGCAGCAAAGGAGGACCCGCCCAAGCCAGAACCCCCCAUGUUUCUGACACGCGCUGAGCGUCUGGCAAAGCACGACGAGGAGCAGCGCAAGCUUUGGGAGUCAGCAGAGGCGCCAGAAGAAACGCCCUUCUUCCCCCCGAGCACCAACCAGGUCUCUUUCAUGACUCCCUUCAAACCAGCAGUCAAGGUCCUGAGCCGCAAACCAGCACCCCAGGUCAUCGCCAAGAAAGACCCGGUCACCGGCCUCGAGCAACUGACGCUGGCAAAUGACGAGGACGACGAGGACGACAAGAAGACGCAGGAGUCGCCAGAAGAUAUUCGAAAACGGCAGCAGCGGGAACUCGAGGAGAAGCAGCGUCGUCGACUCCCCGCACCGGCACUCCGCCCUCGGGAGCUGAUAGCCGGCAAACUCACAGGGGGCGAGGCCGUGGACGGGCCGGACGGGGCCGUGAUCAGGAAAAUGGGCGACAGGAGAGGAGGCAGCCGAACACCCAGCAAUCCAGCAGCACGAGAGAGCUAUUUGACCCGGGAUACUCGCCGAAACCAGGAUUCAGUCUCCAAAAGCGUGGGGAUUCCGCUGGCCAAUCUGGAAACCGAUCAGGCAUUCCGCGCGAGGAAGAUCAUAUCAUUCGAACACCGAGAGGGCCAGACGGUAGUGGAAAAGGAGGUUUCGGCUUUGCCCGGCGAGGAGGCGAACAUGGUUGACUGA